AUGGGGACCUCUUUAUGGGAGGUGAGCGCGCGAUUCCCGAUCACCCAGGGCCUCCGCGAGAUCUUUGCGAAGAGGGCCAGCAGAAACAAGGCAGCUUCGGCAGGCUAUGUAAGCGAAAAGCUAUGUGAUGAUAUGAUCCACCGCCUGUCACCCUACCUUAAACGAAAUGCCCCCGUUGAUAUCCUUGACCUAUGGCCUGGCUGUGGGUUAUGGUCAUCCAAAAUGAACGAUUUUCUUCGCCCACGUCGUCAUAUCCUGGUCGAGCCAAAUAUGAAGCUAUUCGGAUCACACCUCAAGGAAUUGGCCAAAAGUAAACCGUGCUACAAGCUCGCGUCGGGGGAGAUCUAUGGAACCAACUGGAACGCAGUCUACGAAAAGUAUCUGCCAGAACAGAUUCGCCCCAUGGAUGUAGUGCCUGGCACUUUACCAAAAAAUGACACUCUCCUGGUGCUUGCGAGUCCACCUGUAACGGAGUCGAAGAAAAAUCAUUUAACCCCGGCACGAUGGUGGGCCUCGGUGAUGGAAGACUGUAUGAACCAGACCGGUCUUCAUGCUUAUGGCAGUGUGCGCAUUCUGGCUGGGCUUUCUGUCGCGGAAUUGCAAGUAGUGCUUCCUCGCAGUAUUCACGAGCGCCGGCGACCGGCAAUGUUGACGGAAAGUGUGGCAUUGCAUAACUUUGAGAUUGCUAGUGGAUAUGAAAUAGAGCCAUGGCAUACACUAAAGACAUGGGAUUCUAUCCAGCGCAAUAAUGAGCGAGUUGCUGAGAGAUCUGCCGCGCAAGGCGUGAUCACUCCUCCCGGGCGUGAGCCCCUGCCUCUGCAGUUGGCCCCCGAAUCCCCAGUACCCGGGAAAGGGGGACCAAAAGCCAAGAAAGAGGUUCCUUACCAUCCCCGUGCUCGAUCAGAAGGUCACCACCGAUUUGAGAAAGCCAUUCGGAGGGGUGAAAACCUCUCCAAAACCAAAAGCGUCUCGGCCAAGGAGGAAGCGGAAAUUAAAAAGGAGGCACGGACAGCUCGGGCCGCCUUGAACUUUGAUAACCGCUGUUCCUGGGCUCGAGCGGAGAUUAGCAAAGACAUAUCUGCCAUCGAUGAACGUUCACGAGAUCUGUCGCGUGCAGCCGCAGAUCCUAACGCGACUGCAGCCUCACUGGAGGAGAUCGAUCGAGAUAUCGAGACCAGAAAAUCGGCUGUGAGCCAGAAAAUGGCCGACCUUCAUUUCCGCCUUACUCGCGGCUGGGAGCGAUCCCUUGACGAUAUGCGCAAUGAAGCAUGCUCGAACAAUUUGGAUGACUCCGUCCUUCUGUGGGACCGGCGGCCAUUUGAGCCGAUGCUUAUAGAAAGCGAUGAGGUUUUCCCCCGCUUCCAUCAAACCUUGGUUUAUUUUGAAGCGGACGAACAUGCUAUUUCAGCCCAAAAGCUCAGCAAGGUUCCUCCCAAAGAUCGUGAAUCAAUGAUGCAGCUAUUCGAAGCCAUGACUCUCAGCUUCAGCAGCGGCAACCACAUCAGCAUUGCCGAGUUGGCUGAUCGCUUCUUCCCUGGACAAGCGGCCAAUGAUGUUGUCAAAACCAUCCCCAGUCUUGCUAAAUAUGUGGGAAAACGGCUCAAACCGAACUAUGGUCCUAUGCCACUGGCCGAUGAUACAUUGGACCCGACUGAGUGCUUCCAGGAGAAUAUCGAUUAUGACCUGAGCGAGACUCGGGUGAUCACCCUACCGAUCCAGGUUAUCUGGGAUAUCCUGUUAGAGUAUCAUAAACAUGCGCAGGAUCUGUCCCCGCUGCAGAUAAACCGGCUUCUCGGGGGCACUAUGACGUCCUACCGGACUGGGGAGUACCGAUUGGACACUGCAGCGAAGAAACUGCAUUAA